CUAUGCUUUGCAUUCCAUUUGGGGGUGGCCUGGAUAUUUGUUCCCGCAGCCGAUGAUCAACCUGGUCGUGAUGGCGGCAACCGGAUUGGUGCCUCCAUCCUCACGAGUCCCGUGGAAAAAUUAUUUGUGGGGGCAGCUGUCGCACGAGCAGCCGGAUCCACAAUUGCAGGUUCCCGAAGAGGCACAGCCGCAAUUGCCCAUGGUGAAUGAGGCUGGGGGGUUGGAUCGAUGUGAAAGGCGUGUGGUGUGUGGUUGUGGGUGAAGAAUUGGGAUUGUUUGGUCGAGGGUUGGACUGAUUGUUUCGUGUUUGUU